UCAGUGUGAGUGGACGUGUGUUUUUUACAACUUGCGUCAUAAAUUUUACCUGAAAAAUCGUGUUAUUUUUUAGGUAUUUUAUUAAAAUAUUGUAUAUAAUAAUAAUAGUUAUCGGCUGAAUUUGAAAAUAGUGUUCCACAGGAUUUUGUACUAGUAUGGCGUCAAAGUGAAGAUGAGAAUUUGAAGAUUUUCGGUGCGAAAGUGUCGUCGUGCAUUUACAUGUGAUAUAAAGUGCAAUUAUUUAUUUAUUAUUAUAUUAUAGUGUUAGUGUUAUAGUGUAGUUGUAAGUGCGCGAUGGAUCCCGGAUACUUUAACAUUGAUAGGGAACAGAAUCCGCGGGAAAGGGCUAAUUUUUUCUCGAAAAUAUGCUUUUGGUACACACGUCCAAUCUUCGAGAAGGGCAGAAAAGGGCAGCUCAGUAUAUCAGAUGUUUACAGAUGUUCACCAGGCCACAGGGCGGCCCCGCGCGGUGACGUCAUGAGCGAAAAGUGGAGAGAGGAAAUUAAUAAGCAAGAUAAGACGAGGAAGCCGUCUCUAUUGCGAUGUAUUAUAAGAAUAUAUGGUCUCAAAUUUAUAAUAGCUAAUGUUUUAUUUGCCAUCAUUGAUACCUCGCUUAGAAUAUUAACACCAAUGUGCCUCGAAGGGUUGAUCCACUACUUUUCACCGUCACACGCGGGCGUGACAGUCACCGAAGCAUAUUUAUACGCUAUGGGGGUAGUUGGUUUUAUGGCCAUAAACGCAACUUUAAUGCAUCCAAUGUUGUUAUUGUUGUUGGAUUUGAGUAUGAAGAUCAGAGUCGCUUGUUGUUCGUUGAUAUAUAGAAAAUUGCUCCGUCUAGAUCUAACCGCCGGGGGCAAAGCCUCCGAAGGCCUAGCGGGCCACGUGGUUAAUCUAUUAACAACAGACGCCCAAAGAUUCGACAUGGCUAGUAUCUUCAUGAUGGACCUUGUAAGAACACCUAUCGAGAGCAUAAUCAUCGUCUAUCUGAUGUAUAGGCAAAUAGGCGUAUCUUCGAUUAUUGGAGUCGCCUUUCUGCUCAUGUUUAUACCGCUACAAGGUUACCUCGGCAAGAUAUCGAGUCGUCUCCGUCGUCAGACCGCCGUACGGACGGACAAUCGUAUUCGGCUAAUGAACGAAGUUAUACAGAGUAUAGAGGCUAUUAAAAUGUUCGCUUGGGAAAACGCGUUCGCUGGUAUCAUUGGGCAGGCGAGAAAGAAAGAAAUGAAUGUAAUCAAGAAAAUGUCCUGGCUGCGGGCCGUUAUGAUUUCAUGCGUCAAACUCAACACCAAAGUCGCCAUUUUCCUCAGUAUUAUUGCCUUUAUCUCAUUCGAUAAUGAUUUGACAGCCGCGAAAGUAUUUGUAAUAUUCUCCUACUAUGAAAUGUUGAAAUAUACACUAGUCGAUUUUUUGCCACUGGCAAUAACGUUCACGCUAGAAGCGUAUGUCAGUGUGAAAAGGAUGGAAGAGUUUUUAGUGUUGCCAGAGGUUGAGAAUCAAGAUGGCGUCGAUUUGGUUAAUAUAGAUAAGGAGGAGGUUAAGAGUAAUGGCGUGUUUGAGAAAAUUGGGAAUGGCCAACAAGCAUACAUAAAAUCUGAUUCAAACUUGGAUCAGCUCAAACCGGACUACUUGGUCAGUCUAAAAGACUUUACAGUACAUUGGAAGAAUGCUGAAGAUGAACAACUUGAUAGAAAAAUACCCGCAUUGGCGGAUAUUAACAUAACAAUAAAACCAGAAACGCUAACAGUGAUCGUCGGUACGGUGGGCGCUGGCAAAUCCACAUUAAUUCAAGCCAUUCUAAAAGAAUUAACACCCAGCAGUGGUGUGAUGUCCGUUAGAGGGAAUGUCGCGUACGCGGCUCAAGAUCCUUGGUUAUUUGAUGCUUCGGUUCGUCAAAAUAUCCUGUUUGGUCAAGACAUGGAUCUACGUAGAUACAAGCAAGUCCUCAAGUGUUGCCAGCUUAAAACUGAUCUGGAAAUAUUGCCACAUGGCGAUAAAAGUGUUGUUGGUGAAAGAGGUACAUCUCUAUCUGGUGGCCAACGUGCACGCAUUUCGCUCGCGCGUUGCGUGUAUCAGCACGCAGAUGUCUAUCUUUUAGACGAUCCGUUGGCAGCUGUUGAUGCUAAAGUAGCACAAGCGAUAUACGAAGAAUGCGUGCGUGGAUUAUUACGCGAUCGUGCCGUAGUACUCGUGACGCAUCGCGCGAACUACGCGAGACACGCGGCUAACGUGUGCGUGAUGCGGGCAGGACGGAUAGUGGGACAAGGCACUUACCAGGAACUCAAAAAUAAAGUCCCGGAGUUUGAUCAACUGAUUGAAAUGGGUGAAAAAACGGAAGAAGUCAAACAGAAACAAAAAAUGGCGUCUUAUGAGAAUAAAGAGAGCAUGGAACAUAGCCACAUAUUGCGUUCUCAAAGGUCGAUGUCAGAGGUGUCUCAGUUGUCAUUUAAUGUCGACGCAGAAACCACUGGCCCGAAAUAUGAAGCCGAGGGCCAGAACAAAGGCUCCGUGUCGAACAGCGUCUAUGUGUCUUACAUAUCGAGUGGUGGGGGAAAAUUCACUUUGCUACUGCUACUUUCGCUGUUCAUAGUAGCACAGAUAUUCUACUCGUCUACUGAUAUAUGGCUGAAGGAUUGGGUAAAUCUAGAAGAAUCGAAUAGCGCACAAAAUAUAGCGAUACGGAACUCUACUUUAGCGGAGCCUCCAGUCGACUACGAGAGCCUACCCCUCAACAGGUGGCAUUUAUCCCGGGAACAGUGCGUAUACGUGUAUGGCUCGUUGAUCGCCAUUUGCAUGUUCUUCACUUGGAACAAACUGCUAGUGUUCUAUAAUACUUGUAUACGCGCCUCUGUGAAUCUACAUGAUACUAUGUUCAGAGGUGUCACAAACGCGCCGAUGUGGUUCUUCCAUCACAAUCCAUCGGGACGGAUCCUCAACAGAUUCUCCAAGGAUAUGGGGCAGGUGGACACUUUGCUGCCCGUCGCUUUGGUCGACUGUUUAGGGUUCUUCCUGGAAGUGAUCGGUAUCCUGGUUGUGGUGUGUUUGGUGAACUGGUGGCUGCUGCUGCCCACCGCUUGUGUAGCGGCUGCUCUGAUGCUGCUCCGCGCGCUGUUCCUGAGCACCAGCCGUGAGCUGAAGCGGAUCGAGGCUAUUGCUCGAAGCCAAAGCCUGAACCACGCGUCUGCCACAGUAUCCGGUCUCACAACGAUCCGGUCUACUGGCUCCCAACAACGUACCCUGGCCCAGGAGUUCGAUCAGCUCCAGGACCUGCACAGUUCCGCCUGGACCCUGGUGCUGUGCAGCAAUAGGGCCUUCGGCUUCUGGAUGGACAUGCUCUGCUGCGUCUACUUGGCCAUGGUCACCUUCAGCUUCUUCAUAUUCUUCGGGGACGGAAACCUUGGCGGUAGCGUGGGUCUGGCUAUAACGCAAGUGAUAGGACUCGUCGGUAUGUGUCAAUACGGCAUGAGGCAAACUGCUGAAGUAGAGAAUCAGAUGACAUCGGUGGAAAGAAUAUUAGAAUACACGAACCUACCGGCAGAGAGUCCGGUGGAACCGGACAUCAAGGCUCUUAAAAAUGAAUGUCCAAGCGUUGAUUUUGAUACUUGGCCUAAUCGAGGAGAAAUAGUCUUCGAAGACGUAUCCCUACAAUAUGAGAGGCCACCAAAAGCGGAGACGAAGGAACCAUUACCAAAAGUAGAUGAUACCAGCUAUGCUAUCCGGGGGGUGAGCUUCACGAUCCGUCCGGGGGAGAAGGUUGCCGUGGUGGGGAGAACGGGAGCGGGGAAAAGUUCCCUGGUUGCUGCACUUUUUAGGCUAAGCAAGAUGUCCGGGUCAAUCCGCGUGGACGGUGUCCGGGCUGAAGGUGCAGGGCUUCGCGCUUGGCGUUCAAGACUUUGUGCUUUACCGCAGCGGCCUGCACUGUUUGCUGCAAGUCUGCGGGAUAAUCUAGAUCCGGAGGGAAAGCAUACUGAUGCUGAACUGCAUGCUGCAUUGCAAGAGGUAUCCCUACCGUCACUGGCGGGCGGGCUGGCGGGCGGGCUGGCGGGGCGGCUGGGCGACGGCGGCGGCAACCUGUCGGGCGGCCAGCGCCAGCUGCUGUGCCUCGCGCGCGCCGCGCUGGCCCCGCGCGCCGUGCUCGUGCUGGACGAGGCCACCGCCAACGUCGACACCGAAACGGACCGUCAGAUCCAACGCGCGAUCCGCAGCCGCUUCGCUAACUCCACCGUGCUCACAAUAGCGCACAGACUCGACACCGUCAUGGACUACGACCGCGUCAUUGUUAUGGACAAGGGUCGCGUAGUUGAAUCGGGACAUCCAUACGAAUUGCUGACCAACGCUCAGCAAAAAGCUGAGUUUCAGCCGAAACGCAGUCUGCUGUCUAAGAGCCAGGCACCUCUAGCGAUACCGGAAAACUUCGCUUUCCAAUCUUCGGGUGAGUUCGAGAGACCUGAAGAGUCAGAGACUUUGAUUAUGUCCAAGGAUAACAGAGUUAGGACUUAUUCCAAUAGGUCUGAAGUGAGCGACGCAGAUGCGGGAAUAUUCAAAAUGCUCGUGGAACAAACUGGCCCGGAAACGUCGGCCAUGUUGUUUAAAAUGGCGGAAGAGAGUUACAAAAAACAUCAAGAGUUGAAGAAGCAUCAAUAAUAGAA